AUGCAAGUCGACCCGUCUGCUCGAACGGCGGCCCAUACUAAUCAACACCUAGAUGAGCGAAAAUGGCGCGGCAGCCGGCCCAGCAAGGCCGGCGAUCUUCGCGCAGCAUCAGGCCCCCACUACGGUGAAGUGACAAAAGCUAUUGCAGCUGAACCGAGCUACAAUCGCGAGCUACUCUUUGAACUUUUUGAGACGGUUCGCCGGGCGGAUCGGAGCCAUGAACAGGAACUCCUUGAGAUGAUCCAGGAUCGCAAGCCUGCGCAGCAACUCCGUGCCUUUCUCGACGGAAUGUUAGCGAAUGCAGGACUGUCUGAAUUGAAUAAACAAAUAAUUUCAUCUGGCGCUAAACGCAGAACAGCGAUCGAGAAUGACGCGCCCUCAGUUCGUCCCAUGGUUAUGGACAUUCACUAUUUGUGUGACAUUGUCCCAUUUACUGUUCCUGCAAAACCGUGGACAACAGUCACGGACAGCGACGACUUGGUCUCACAUUUAGUGUCUUUGUACCUGACUUGGGGUUACCCUUUCUACGCUUUUUUCUGUCGUGAAACUUUUGUUAAGCACAUGAGAUCCGGUCGACUGAACUCAGACUUCUGUAGUCCUUUUUUAGUGAAUGCUCUCCUCGCCAAUGCGUGUUUCUACUCAGAUUACUCGGAGGCAUAUAGCUUGCCCGGAGACGUGAAAAGGAAAGGGGCUCAUUUUCUGGCCGAAGCCGAACGGCAUCUGAAAUCACAUCAAUUUGAGAGCGGAAGCGAUAUCCGUCUGGCUUCUUUACAGGCAUCACUGCUGCUAUAUGAAAGGUACUCCAUGGAUGGUACCGACAAUUAUGGAUAUGCAAUGCUCCAUAGAGCAAUAGGGAUGGCGGAGUCACUUGGCAUUGUGAACAAUACUAGAAAGCCACGCCUGGAAGAACCGUAUAUGUCUAAGGACAUGAUAACAUCUCUCAAGCGAACUGCAUGGGGUUUGUUUCAGAUUGAUACAAUCGUUCACAUGAACUUCCUCAGACAGAGCCAUAUAAAGGACGUGAACGUGGACCGCAUUGACCGUGAUGAAACGCCCGAGGACGAAUUAUGGAUACCAUAUCCAGUCCAAAGCAAACCCCGAAAUUCUUACAUGAGCUUGUAUUUUGAUGAGGCAUGCAAGCUAUCUUACAUCGCAAGGGAUACAGCUUGGGAGAUGCCGCACGCGCUCAAGGAUGUGAAGCUCAAGCAGGAGGUGUACGGUCGGCUGCAAGAUUGGAGACGAGAGCUGCCCCUGAUAUUCAACCCGAGAGACAACCCAGCACCGUAUAUCCUCAUCCUCAUGAUGCGCUAUCACACGCUCGUGAUCAACUUGUGGUGUUAUGAUCUCCAAGAUAAUUUGGCAAUCAUAGAAGCAAGCGAAGACACUCCUGAUUCAGCUAACCCGAAUAAUUAUGCCAUCAAGACCGCUCUAUCCUCUGCGCGAGAAAUUGCCUAUAUUAUCGAAGUAUACAGAGAGGCAUAUGGGCUGAUAUAUUGCCAUCAGUUUUCCAUGUAUGCUAUCAAUGUGUCACUGUUUUGCAUGCUUGCACAAGACUCUUUUGAUAUCUUGGAUUCCGAUUUCUUAAGCCUUACAAGUGCGUUUUCCACCGUUGCUUGCCGUACGAGGGUGGGGAGGCAUCUUUUCCAUGCAUUCAAAUUGGCCGUCCGCUCCCGAACCCAUGGCGGACAGACGCUUAGCACGGAUGAUGCCUCACCUGUGGUCAGGGAACUUUUUGGGCCGCGUGAAAACUUACGCGAACCAGACAGGUGGGAUCACUAUGCGGAAGGGUUGGCAGAGGUGGAGGGUGGGGCGAGCUUCCUCAGAGAACUUGAUAUGGAUCCUGUUGUACCUGGAUUGCUCGACAUGCUCAAAUGGUACGAGAAAAUGAGCAUUGGGAAAGAACCCCGGUGGAGAGGAAAUAGUCGAGACCCUGCUUUCUAA